AUGGCCGACAUCACCGACCAACACGACCAAUCCGCCGCCGGCGACCUCGACGACUCUCACGCCGUCGGCAAUGGCAACAGCGGUGCUGAGAGCCGUGGUGUAAAGCGACCUCGCGGCAGCAUUGCCGAGGACGACGACGACGAUGACGAGAAGGGUGGACGCGAGCGUCGCAAGAUUGAGAUCAAGUUCAUUACCGACAAGUCGCGUCGUCACAUCACCUUUUCCAAGCGAAAGGCUGGUAUCAUGAAGAAGGCCUAUGAAUUAUCUGUUCUCACCGGCACCCAAGUUCUCUUGCUUGUUGUAUCUGAAACUGGUCUGGUCUAUACCUUCACUACUCCCAAGCUGCAGCCUCUGGUCACGAAAGCCGAGGGCAAGAACCUUAUCCAGGCUUGCUUGAACGCGCCGGAGCCGUCGCAGAAUGGCGACGUCGACGAUUCCAACCAGGUAGAAUCGCCGGAGGAGCCCUCCAAUGUUCACCUCCCACCUCAGUCCAAUCGACCGGGUAUGCCACCAGCUCACAUGCCUGGCAACUACGGAAUUCCAAACGUUCCCAUGGAUGCUCAGCAGGCUAUGGCAUACCAGAAUUAUGUCCAGCGACAACAGGGGUCGCAGUACGCCAUGCCACCUCAGCAGGGCAUGCCAUCUCACGCAUCACACCAGUCUUAG